UUUACAAUUUUGCUGUAUUAGCUGGCGAGAGUCAGGUAAAAAUACGCCAACAAACAACACACAUUAACUGAUCUAUGUGAUUAUUAUUUAGAUUAGUUAGACAGUUUCUCAAUUUACUGUCUCUUAUAGUUAAUGUACUAGUUUAAUUUGGACAGUAAUUAUCAAAUAUUUAAAUAUCUGUUCCAGCUUUUUUGCCCAACUCAAUUAAAUCUUGUUUACCUCUUGUUUAUUUUCUUCGUCAAUCUUGUUUGUAUUUCAACAAAAAUUAUGACCAUUGAUUUUAAAUAUUCCCCGUUAUAAUUUAACCUUAUUCUGUGGUGCUAUUGUAUGGUCUAUUAAUUACAGGUUAUCUGACAAUAACCAAUAUUGACAUUUGGUAAAUUGAUCCUGGCAUCGUAAUCAAAAAUCGACCGGUCAUUAACGAUCUUUGUUGAUUUGUUAUGCUAAUGGUUACUUGUCGUCCUUUGGUUGAUUGAUAACAGGAAUGUCCGAAGACAUUGAAAGAUCUAUACGCAAUAAUGUACACUGGGACGAUCUUGAUGAAGAGAUUAAAGUUAUUGUUGGCACCAAAUCUGAAUAUGACCAGAAAAUUUUGGAAUACAGCAUUAAAAACCAACUAAGAUUCAUAGGCAACUUGGUCAAAGGUGUCCGCCGUAGUGAAAAAGGCUAUUAUGUAGAGCUGCUUCGUUACAGUCGUGAACAUCUGAUGUUAUUUCCAUAUCAUUUAUCUGAUUAUGUGAUUUACGGGAUGCGGAUAACUCCAUUUCAAUAUUAUGUAGGAAUGAUCCAUGAUUUACUGGAACAUGAAAGAAGCUAUGAUACCUUGCCUAACUUUACUGCCGCUGAUUGCCUUCGAAUCCUUGGUAUUGGACGAAAUCAGUACAUUGAUUUAAUGAAUCAAUGCCGAUCAAGAACAUUUCUUGGAAUUAUGCGUAAACCGAUUCGAGAUUUACUCCCCAAAAGGCCACUUAAAGAUAUUGUUAUUGAAUAUUGGUGGAAAAUUUUUCCAGGAUAUGUUACUGAAGAUGACAUGAGAUACAUGGUAACACAACCCGAGAGAGAUAUUAUUGAUGCAAUCAUUGGUGAAGGUGGGUCGAUUGGAGAAGGCGAAUUGGCUGGUAAAUAUAAUGAACGAGAUGUUCGCAGUUUGUAUCUCAAAGGAUUGAUAUAUUUGGAUGUACCAAUUGAAGAUGACGAUUUGAUUGUAGUCCCGCCUUUGCGAGGUUUUGUAAUGAAUCGUAUACAAGGUGAUUACUUGGAAACUCUUUUGUACAAAAUAUUUGUUUCCAUUGAUGAAAAAACAACGGUUAAAGAACUAGCCUCUAUUCUGCAAAUCGAUUCGCCACUCAUUAAAAAUGCUAUAUCCAUCUAUUGUCGAUUAGGCAUUGCGUACAAAAAAACUUUGAGUGUAUCUUUGGAAGAAUGCCACCCUUCUUGGAGUCAUACUACUUCUUCGUCUCCGACAAAUAGCCAUCUAUCAACACGAAGUGUCCAUAAUCAUAAAACUAGUCAACAAAUGGCCAAACUAAUCAAUAAUAUUACUAUUGAUCCUAAUACGACAUCAUCUGGAAUCGAUGAUGUUAACCGUGUUGAUUCACCAACGGAUCCUUCAAGCCGACCUUUGCUUCAACAUUCAAAUUCAAUAUCAACAACUAAGCGCAUUGCUUUCUUUUAUGACUCAACUUUGGUAGCUUUUUUGAUGAUGGGCAAUCUUUCACCUGGCCUUAAAACGCAUGCUGUAACCAUGUUUGAAGUUGGUAAAUUGUCUGAUGAAUCAAUUGACAGCUUGUUGGUUGAGCUCUCGGAAAUUCAUAACAUUAACGUUGAAGAAGAGGGUGAUGAAGCAGAAAGAUAUUUUCUUCAUGCCAUUAUGUUGUAUCGAACCGUGCAGUUUAUUCGUCACAAUCCCGAUCUAACUGCAAGUCUUUGUGAACCGGAAGAUGCUGAAAUUGGUUUAGGAAUCGACCUUAUUCGAGCUGAAAGUUUGAUGAAUUUAGAUGCCAAAGUUUGUGAUCGAUUGUUGAAAAAGAAUUACUCAGUAUUGUUAUCAAUAGCACCAGUUAGCAAUGAAACACAACUUAUCACUAACACUAGUCUUCCAUAUCUUGGACCUGUUUCACCUUUAAUCAACUCAAUUUGGUUCAACCUUUAUCUUUAUGAACUUCUUUCAGAUGGUCCACCAUCACUUCUUCUCAUGGCUCAUCAAAGAUUAAAAACUUUACCCACUAUAUUCAAAGGUUUUGAAUUUCUGUAUUUAACUCCAUGGGGACGUGAUUCUGCCAAAAUAACUGCUGAUAAUGCGCUUCAUACAAUAAAUGACAUGUUAACCACGUCGCCUGUCCUAGUCCAAGGCUACGCGAGCAAAAGUGACUUUCCUGCCGAUGAUCUCAUCUACAUACCAUUCCCAUUAACUUGCGAGGAGACAAAGGAUGAAGAGAUCUCAAAUCCAUUUGAAAAUCAUCCUGUGAUAGUAAAGCUCUCUAAAACUCUUGAUCUUAGAUUUACUUGUGGUUUUGUUACGCUCAUUAGACAUACAAAGUUUCAUGACUUAAGUUCUGAACAAACUGAGGAGUCUCUAGUAGACGAUAUUCUCAAAGUUCCUUCUAGUAAUCCUGAUGAAUUGGAAGGUGAUUGGAAAACCAAUGAUGACAUGGUUUUAGAGGAAGAAGAUUCGGCAUUGUUAACUUUUGACGAAAAUUCAGUUGAUGCGCCAAUUGAUAAAUCGGAAGAAAUAGACGAAAGUAAAUUUCAAGAAACUGAGGAAGCAAAAGAACUUGAAAUUAAUGACGAGUUCAAAUAUUGGAGCUUAAUUGAUUGUCAUUUUGGUGUCCCUCUAUUUGAUCGAGCAUUAAACAAGAGCGUUUGCAAUAAACUGCUCAAACAUCAUCUAUUUGACGUGAAUAAGUUGGCAAAAAAUACAGAAAUUAAUAACAUUUUGUGUUCCAAAGUAGAAACUUUUGUAUCUAAUCUUAUUGACUCGCCGAAAAAAGCCGAUAAAAUAAUGAAAGAAGAAAAUAUCAACCGAAAGUCAUUUGGCUCACAUGGGUACUCUCCCCCUUCACCUAAACGUCAAGUGCCUUUACCUUCCAAUAAUUUAAUAUUUUACAAAGGUAAACUGGAGCCUUGGUACCAACCAUAACUUGGAGUCAAAAUUUUUUUUAAUAUAUUAUCAAGUUGAAUGGAUUUUAUCUUACUAAAAAUUCCCUAUUCUUUCCGUAUAAUGAUUCAGUCUAUGACCAGAAGCAAACACCCAAUUGUUAAAUUGAUUUCUACUUUCCAACAAUUAUUACCAAUAUUUCACCUAUUUUUGAUGAUAAUGAUGACUAUGUGAUAAGCGAAAACUCCACUUAUAUUAACUGAAAAAUAGUUUUUUCAGGUAAAUUGUCCAGUCACACAAUCAACCAAAUGCAUGUGCAUUAAUAUUUUGUUUUGCCCACAAAAUAAAUCAUUAUUUUAACAUUCCAAUAAAAUAACAUAGGCAAUAAAAUUAACAGAGUUUAAAAUUAAAAUAUUAUAGCCAUUAA